AUGGCCGCCAAAUUCUUGGUGGUCGAAGUUGACGACAACAAUGCAGCCGUGGAAUUGGUUCAGUUAAUGCUGGAACGUGGUUUCGCACGGCUUAUGCUCUUGGAUGACCUCAGUAAGCAUCCUGCGCUCGCGUUACGACAACAACCACAGAUGCCAGUCAUCACAGAGCCGUCCACGCCGUCCAGUUCAGAACCGGGCUUCAGCAUGGAGAAAAGUUCGUUGAGGGAUAUUCUCUCUACGAAGCCGAAAGUUCUACUACGUGGAAAUGCAUCAGAUGAUUCUAAGGAGGAAAAUGAUCUAUUCGAAAUCCUUGCAUGCUCAAAUCCUGAAAUAAUUAACGUUGGAGUUAAGGAAGAAAUGGAUGAAUCCUUCGCGGACAACGAAGAACACGCGUUCAACUUCAAUUUUGACCCUUCAACCAGUCAAUCUCACUUAGAUCUCCUCGCUCAAGCGCAUUGUCUUGUUAGUAGUCCACCACGAGAAACCUCACCACCAUCCGCAAAACGAUCUCGAGCCACAAACGGUGAUCCGAACAAGGACUAUCACACCUGUCAGAUAUGUGGGACCCGAGUGAAGGCACCACGUGGUGGUAGAUGGAAUCUUCAGAUGCAUGUAAUGGCUAUGCAUUCCUCAUUCCGACCGUAUAAAUGUCGAUCAUGCGAUUUUCAGGAUUAUCGGAAGCCAGGCAUGCGAAAGCACUGUAUCCUUACACACGGUGAGGACAUGGAUCCAGUUGACAUUAGUAAUGAUAUCAAAAGAGCCGAAUGGGAUAGUGUAAUGCGACGAUGUUUCCCAGAAUUCGGUUAUCGAACAGGAUUCCUUAUCGAACCAAAACAAGUGCCGUUAUUGACUCCAGAAGCAUCAUCCUGA